AUGCAAAUCUAUUGGCAAGACGAGUUUCUGCAAUGGGAUCCCGACGCCUACGAGGGAGCAAAGGAGAUAUUCUUGGCGUCGAGUGACAUUUGGGUUCCCGAGUUCUCAUUGUACUACAGCCAUAACUUUAACGAUGCGGUCAAGUUGCGCAGUGACAACGAUAUUCGAGUGAACAACACAGGACACAUCAGAUACUAUAUCCCGUUCUCGACGGAGAGCCUAUGCGAGUUGGAUGUAAAGUUUUUCCCAUUCGACAUUCAAAAGUGCACUCUCCUUUUCGGAUCAUGGGCCUAUUCGAAUGAUUCAAUCAAAUACGCUCUCUACUCAGACAGUCUUUUCCUCGUCGAUUUCUAUGAUAAUCAAGAGUGGCAACUUGAUGUGGAGCACUCGACGAUCAAAUCUGAUGGAUUCCUUUAUGACUAUUUGGAUCCACCAUUGCACUGGGAGAUGAUCAUUAUGGAGUUAGUUGUGCAUCGGCAAAGUUUCUACUACGUUUUCAACUUGGUCAUCCCGUCGACAAUCAUCACAAUUGUUGCUGUCAUCGGUUUUCAUACGCCUUCAACAUCCGGAAGAUUACGAGACGCAAAAUUUCGUCUUGGAAUCAUGACUCUUAUGUCAAUGUCCGUUAUUUUAUUGGCUAUUGUUGAGGAUAUGCCGAAAUUUUCGAUGGGAAGGAAUCGAAAGGGAAAAGGAUCUCCGUCUGGAAUCCCGUUGAUAGGUCUCUACUAUUUCAUUCUAUUGGCAAUUAUUGGUCUUUCCACCGUCACUACAUCGAUGUUCGUGUUCAUGGAGCGUGAGAUACGGAAAACGCAUGUCAUGCCAUGGUAUUUCCACUGGGUCACUUGGGAUGUCGAGUUAAAGUUGAGACGAGCUGCAGGGCACAGAAAAAACUCUCAAAAGCGAUACGAAUCAAUGCGAAAUGCCGAUCCGCAAAGUACGACAUCACUACUCCCGAAUGGUCAUUUGGCAUCUGGAGUAAGACAGAAGGCACGAGGAGUAGCGAACUCUCUCCUCCAAAUCCUCCACCACCGCAACAAUCCCCAACAACAUCAUGACUCAAAGAGACGACAAAAAGAUGUCGAUGAAGAGGCUGACGCCCAGGAUCAACGAUUAAUCAGUCACCAAUUAGAAAUGGAGGAAUCACAACAACCAACUCCUUUACGGCACGAAAUUCGACGGCGUCUCUCAAUCGGUCAAUACGAUAAUAUGAUUGUUUAUCAGUAUUUCGAGCAAACGUUAGAGGAUUUAAUUCAAUCGAUUGGGGAGAUUGGGAAAAGUGUCGCGAAUAUACGAAACGAAAUGAACAUCGCUUUACCGAAAGACGAUGCCACGUCGCAGUGGCAGUUGGCAAUUCGGCGCCUUGAGAUUUUAUCCCUUUUAUGUUAUCUGGCCGUGCUCUUCAUCACGAUGUUACUAUUUUUCUAUCAUGAUUGGUAUUGCACAAUUGGGUUUAAUCCUUGUGUCGAGAUGAAUCUGAAAUGUCCGGGCUUCAAAGUCGAUCCAUCCCAUCCAGAUUGUCAACGAAAUAGCUGGUCAACU